AUGGCUUCCAUAAACAUGCUGCUCUGCUCAACUUUGGUGUUUCUCGUCAUCGUGCCGAUUUCUGCAGACCAGAAAAUCAUCAAAGCUGAGUCUGGACAGGACGUCACUCUGACAUGUCGAGCUCCAAACAACAACAUCAUAGUUGUAGAGUGGAGCAGAGCUGAUCUGAAGCCACAAUAUGUGCUUUUGUACCGGGAUGAGCAAUUUGUCCCAGAUGACCAGCAUCCAUCUUUUAAGAAUCAGGUGGAUCUGCAGGACACACAGAUAAAGGAUGGAGACGUGUCUCUGAUUCUGAAGGAUGUGACGACUGCUGAUAAUGGGACAUAUGAGUGUUGUAUCAUCCAGAGAGUAAGAAAUCGAUGGAAAAGAGCUAUUCUGAAGACUGACCCCAUCAGCAUCAUCAACCUGAGUGUUGUUGUUCCUCCAGACUCCAAAGUGUUGCGUUCAGUGGAAUUAGACCAGGCCAGCAUCUCCACACAACCCCCUGAGCCACAUCUGCACUCAGUCCACACACAGUGGGAGGAUCCUUCGCAACAAGACCAUCAAUACUGCAACAGGUCUCGCAGAAAAGAUGUGCAGGAUAAGAUGACUCAGUGUGAUGAAGUUGCAUAUUUCAUUCUUCAAAAUGAUGCAGACGCUUUGCUGUACACUGGGAUAGCCUUAGAAACAUUUAACACACUUGUGUCGACACUGGAAGGAUAUGACAACAAUGAAUUUACAGUGCCUGUCCGAGAUCAAGUCCUCAUGACACUUAUGAAAUUAAAGAGUAACCGUGUAAUAGGUGACCUAAGCCGCCAGUUUCAUAUAUCACAAAGCAUGGCCAGCAAGAUCAUCUCACACUGGUUAGACAAGCUGGAGGAAGUUCUCCGACCAUUAAUUCCAUGGCUGCCAAAAGAAACUAUUCAAGCAACUAUGCCUGAAGCCUUCAAGAAGAACUUUCCAAAUGCUACAUGCAUUAUAGACUGCAGUGAGACCCUUUUACAGAAACCCAGAAAUCUGGGCUCAAGAGGGGAAUCAUACAGCCAUUAUUAUUCACACAACACAGUCAAAUAUUUGGUUGCUGUUGCACCAUGUGGACUAAUCAUGUUUGUGUCUGCGGCAUAUGGCGGCCGAUGUAGUGACAAAUUUAUCACAAUGGACUCUGGAAUAUUAACAUACCUAAAACCUGGUGAUGAAGUCAUGGCAGAUAGAGGUUUUACAAUUAAAGACUUACUCUUUGAGAGAAAAGUUAGAUUAGUAAUACCCGCUUUGACAAAAAAACGUAGACAGCUAACUGAGGAACAGGUAACAUACACACGUCGGAUUGCAAAUGUAAGAAUCCAUGUUGAGAGAGCAAUCAGAUGCUUGAAAGUCUAAAAAAUACUUUCACAAAUUGUUCCUAUAAGCAUGGCUCCUAAAGUAGACAAGAUACUGAGAAUAUGUGCUGCUCUAGUGAACUUAAGAGAGGAUCUCAUUCGUGACACACAAUAA